AUGGCUCAAACAUUUUCGGAGAGGAACGGCCUUGCUGGAAUUGAGGGAUCGUCUCCCAAUCAUUGGUGGUUUGGACAAAAGAAAAGCAUUCGGGAUGAAAGCCCUGCCACUACGGAAACAUUAGGAAGAGGAUUUCCUUCGUUUUAUACGAGCGAAUUUCCUAUGAUUGUGCACGGAGAUACAACUAAAAAACAUUUUUCUCGAACGGAAUCAUCGGAGGAAAUGAAGCCUAAACCUCAAAUUAAAGUGAUUGAGGAACCACAACCAAACUAUCGAAGUGUGAGAAAAAAGCUAGUUCCUGAACCUCCAACUCUUGAAAGUCAAAAAGUUAAAAGAAAAGCAAGAAAUGAAGACAAUAUCAAUUGUAAAAGCGAAAUUGAACAGUUAUUUGGAGUACCAAAGCCGAAGAAAAUUGUUGACGAAUCAGGUCAGAGAAUAUCAGAGAAAAGAGGUGAAGAGAUGCCUCUUGAGCAUUUCAUUGGACGAAAAAACAAUUCCUCGAAUCCUUUAAAAGAAAGAACAACAAUGCUAGAGUUUAAAGGAAAAUCAUCAACAGUCAUGUAUCCUCCUGUUCUCAGCUUGCAUUCGGAUCAUCCAAAAUACAUACAUCCUAGCGGAGAGAGAAUCUGUGAAACUUUAAGCAAAACCACGCGAAGCCUUAUGGAUAACAAUGAGGAGUUUUAUCGAAGACUGAGAAUGCAAGAAAUAGAAGCAGAGAGGAAAAAGGAUAUAGAGCUAGUACUUGAAUUAGACAAGUGGCUACCUCCAUCUGUGAAAAGUAAACUGGAUGAAGAGGAGCAAAAAGAAGCAUUAAGAGAUCAACAACUCGAACAACGAAGGAAAAAAGUGUUAGGAACUUUACAAAAACAACCAUCAAAGAUUUCAUCAGGAGCCAAUACACGUCCUCAGAGUGGCAAGAAAAAGAAGUAA